AAUGAACAUUUUAUUAGAAAAACUUGACCCUUUCGUUUCUAAGUGUGGACUUGAUAACAUGGAUUAAAUUGAAAUACUCAAGGGACCAUGUAAAAAAAUAGGGGUUCGUCCUGCUCAUGUUGUGUUUAUUUGUGGAGUAGUUUCCUUGGCUAGUAUUGUACUUGGAAUUGCAGCACGUUUUUUGUCUACAUUUGUAUCUAUGAUAUAUCCUGCCUAUAGAAGCAUUAAAGCAAUAGAAUCAGGCGGUAUAUAUUAUAAAUAUGAGAUUUUAGAGAAGACUGAUGACAAACAAUGGCUUUCUUAUUGGAUAUUAUUUUCACUUAUUACAUUAGCAGAUUCAAGUAUAGGAUUUAUUUUAGAAUUUAUUCCAUUUUAUCAUGUGAUUAGAUUGGCUUUGUUUGUUAUUCUUUUCCAUCCUUCUUUGAAUGGGGCAGAGAAGGUGUAUUAGGCAGUAAGAUUGUUUAAUAUUAUUUAAAGUUUGUUCAACCAGUUUAUUAGAAAUACCAUAAACAUAUUGAUUAAUAGAUUGAUUAAAUGUCUAAUAAACUUAAAAACCAGAAUAUAUAUUGAU